AUGCAUGCUCUUUUCAAAGGCAGAUUCAAAAUCGACAAAAGAAAUAAUAUUCGAAAUCUUCUUCGUGAUGUAUACAGAAUAAAAGAGAGGAACGGAUACAGUGCAAAAGAAGAGCAAGAAAAUAAGAAGAAAUUAGCAGACUCGAAAACACAAGAUUUACGUAGAAUGCAAGAAAUACUACAACGAUUAAAUGCCAACCUGGAAGAGAAGCAAAUUAAAAAAAUAAACCUUCUACUCCAACCUGUUCCAGAAAAUAAACGCAGAGACAGAAAAGGUCAUUUUAAGUUAGAAAAUAAUCAACGUCAAACACCGAGGAAGAAUAAAGGUCGUAAGAGUGAAAAAUAUUAUUUAGAACAUCCAAAGGAAAUAUCAGCUGGCAACCCUCUAGAGAACGUUGUUGAAGCCAUGGAAAUAGAAACCAACGGACAUUAUCACCAGGCUGAUGGUGCUAAGCCUCUACAGAAAGCGAAACUCAUAGGGGACAACCAUGAUGACGACUUAAUAGUUGAAAAGCCUGGUGGAACCAAAAGGAAUUUUUUAUUAGACCAGGAAAGAAUAUGGCCAAAAGGAAUCAUACCCUACGAAAUAGCAUCAAAUACGUACAGUAUGUAUUAUGUGUAAAAGAAAAUCUAUAUGAUAUAAAUGUGUUGAUAAUAAUUUCAAACUGGUUUUUGCAACAUAAAGCUAAAACCGACGAAACAGGUUUCUGAAAUAUGAUUCUCUCACUUAAGUGUUUCAUAUUUGUAGGUAUAAAGCUAUUAGAUAAUUAGAUAACAGUGAAACUAAUCGAAGAUUGAAAUAUAGAAAAAAAAAAUCAAAGAGUUACCGACCAACAAAUAAAUUCACGAAUGCACGAACAUGUUGUUCGAUCAAGAGUUAAAUUCUUUGAUUAGUCAUCCUUUUUGUUACAUUGACCAUAGACUUUUAACUAAAUAUAAAGGAAAAUAUGCAAGGACCUAUAUGUUUUUCUACGCAUCCAUAAUUCGUUUUGAUUCAACGUCAUCAGAAAUGUUUUAACAACACCCAUUGCUGUAUGAUGUCAAAACUGUGACAUCAUCGGAUUUAAUCUGCAUGUGUAGUUAUCGGAUUUGUCUUAUUGGGAUAUAACGGUAUUACAUUGCAAUAUUCAUUUACAUGAAGCUUUCUAAAAACCAUUGAAAUAUACA